AUGGAUUUUCAUGUGCGAUCGCUUCACGCGUCCAGCCGGCGUCGUUUAGCCAAUGCGCUGGCCUCAUGGAAGAAAGGCGGUCUCACCACAAUGCAGCGCAACUUGGCACAACAAAACCUGGCCCAGCAGCAGGUACGCGAUGCUUUGUGUGAGAACCUAGCGGAAGCGGGUGUCGCUGUAGAGCUCAUCUCUUGGGGCGAUGGAGACCAUCCCGCAUUUCAAGACGGGAUCCAAUAUGCGCCGGCAGCUGGACUCGUUCCAAGUGUUCAUGCCGAGUAUCCGCAGUUGAACCUUGCCCAUCUCGAUCUUUCACCUUCAGGGAAAGAGCCCAGAAGCGCCGCCCGGAAGAUUUACAAAGGCAUAGCCUCGACGUCAACAAGCUUGAACUCCAGCGAUAGACACUUGGAGACCGACCUGGUCGAGCAACACGGCAGGGUCCUCAUACCUCGCCUAUUGGCGGACGCGUCUCUGGAUGCUGAAAACGCCUUACAAGCGCAGUUGCCCGGUAUCAUCCCGGCAAGAUUGAGCGAGAUUCAGGAAGAACUGACGCCGCAGAACUCCGCAGGAACCGCUCAGUGGGUGGCUGUAUCUGAGGCUAUAAUGACAGCCCCACCGAGGUGUCUCGCCGAACCUCAGCUUCGCACUCGGUUCCAGCUUCAAUGGGCGAUCGGACGGCGAGGCCAAAGUCAUUUUCUGGCAACGAAUCCAGCACCGGGAGUCAUCGGCUCUGGGGACGCCUUCAGUGUCAUCGGAUUCAGAGGCCCAAACGAUUUGGUUGACGUUCGGGAUUCCGCUUUGCGCCGGGCGCUGGUGUUAGUCGACCAGUGGCUGGACCUGGAGACCUUUGUCGUGGUGCCGGAGCGUGACGACCUUCGGGGGAAUGCGCGCUGCACGACUCUAACGGGCAUUUCCCGCUCGGUCUCGCUUUCGAUCCGCAACACUGGCUCGCGCGGCGGCCUUGGCCUGGUCUUUACCUCCAUAACCAACACACCCAGCCUACCGCAUCUGGUGACCAGCAUGGAACCUCGUGGACAGAUUGUCACCAUCAAUGCCGAUCCACGCGCGGAAGAAGCACUGCGCACUCUCACGAGUCAACAUGGCAUGGUACGCCCAUGGGCGUCCUUGAAGCCCAAGGGGCCUAGCUUGCAGGAUGCACAUCGAGCGGUGCUUCAGACCCUAGAGAAUAGCCCCAUGACUUUACCCGCACCACCGGCCUCGUCGCAGUAUUCGGUCUCCAACCUGGAUUUGAUACUUCAAUCCGAGCAGGUGAUUUUGUCCAUUGCGCCGGACUAA